GACUCACCACAACCAUUUCGCAGGUGAUGAUGUUGAGACUGCUCGUGUUCGCAUCCGCUCUCGUUUGCUACGCAAACGCUUCCCUCGUUCACAUCCAAGUCACCGCGCGCUCUCGUUCCGUCCGCAAGUGCGGCGGCUCUCUCGUCGCCAGAAAUUUCGUCCUAACGGCCGCGUCAUGCUUCGAGGACGCCGAGAAAACGCAAGCGCGUAAAAUCAGUAUGGAACUGGUGUCGCCCGACAGCGGACUCUCUCUACCCGUGAGUGCCAACGCCGUCUUCUUGCAGCCGUGCUACGACGGUACUUGUGGGGAUUUGGCUCUAAUCCGGCUCGACCGACCGGUUCGCUCGUCGUUUAACGUUGCUCGUUACGCAGUGCAGCAAGCUGAUGACUUGUGGACGGGCGUUGGAGGCGACGCGCAAGUGUAUGCGACGUGGGAGACGUGGACUCGUGGUACGAGACUCGCGCUCAACAUGGUGUCGCUCUCGCUUUGUUCGGGUCUCAACGGUACGGCGGGCCAGUGUUCGAUUUGUGCGUCGGCGCCGUCGGCGUGCGAUUCGGGCAGCGUCGAUGUUGGUGCUCCGUUGGUCGUCAAGGCGGGAUGCUCUGGAGGGUCGGAUUGGGACGAUGUUGUCGUCGGUGUGUCGACUUCUGCGGGGAGUGGCUGUGGUCGGUCUGUGGGAGUGUACACGCGUGUGUCGUUGUAUUCUGUUUGGAUUCGCGAUGUCAUCAGUCCAGGCAAUGCGGCUUGUGCAGCUCAGAGUUGUCCUGCUGCAGUGUGUCCAACGUGCAGGACGGUUUCCGUUUCUGAGGAAGGAAGUGUUGAUUCUGACAUGUUGAGCAAGGUGAACGCAACAAUUGACAAAGUAGACAACUUGUACACCAUGCUUGGUGUCAAGAACGGGCAGAUGAGGAAGAUAAAGAGAGGCAGACCAGGUCCAGCUGGUCCACCUGGCCCAUCCGGCCCAACGGGUACAUCUACUGCUGGAGAAAAAGGAGAAAAGGGAGAUAGUGGUCCUCCCGGUCCCCCAGGCCCUCCUGGAGAUAGGGGAACGUCAGGUCAUAAGGGAGAUAGUGGAAGCAGCGGCCAGGUUUUACCACAAGUUGAAGUGAUACAAUUGAAAAUGAAAAAUCUCAUCAGUCAAAAUAGCCGUCUUGAGUCCGACUUAAAUGAAACAAAACGUCAACUUGCCGCAUACAAGGCAGCAAUAGCCUUGACACAAGAUGAAACAACCAAGAAAAUGGAGGAAUUAAAGGAAAUUGUUUCGGGUUUGAUGUCUCAUGAUGAUGUCGGUGGUAAAGUUCACGCCAGCAAAGUUGAGAAAUGCUCUCCCACGCUGGCUAAGCACUGCUCCUGGUACAGGAAUCUAACAACGCGUGACGAAUGUCUUGCAUUUGGGAAUACUUCUGAUUACCAUCACUGCCGGUUUGAUGCAACUAAUGAGAGAGAAAAGUGCGUUUGUUGCGAGUUUGCGCAUACCGGUCAUUACGAGUUUCACUCAGAACUCGAAGCAUUGCGGUAUCCAUCAGCUGAGUGUCGUUACUUUGCUGCCAGUAACAAGGAUAACUUGAGGAGAUGUCAUGGCAAUGGAGUCUAUUUCAACAACAAAUGUUACUGUUUUUCUGGUUACAGCGGAGACUACUGUCUGACAGGUUGCCGAAGUGUUGCUGCUCCGUCAUUCUGUAGUCGUUAUCAUCGAUGGGAGACAAAACUGCCCGGUUCCAAUCGAGGAGUGAAUUGUUAUCGUAUUAUGUCAACUUCAAACAACAAAACUCCCGUACAUAGCAACGUCAAGAGUAACUUUGCGUGCUCGUGGCUUUAUGAAUCCAGUGAAUGUCACUGUUGUAUGAGAUGGGGAGCUACCAAUCAGAAGUUCAGCGACUUCGCUAGGCUUCACUUUACCUAUAACAACGGUACUGAAGCCAAAGUGCACUACAACUGCCCAAAUGAGUCACCUUCGAGCUGAAGUUAAUUGAUUACUAAACGUAAAGACCGGUAUUGAACACUUUAACGACUGUCCCGGAUGCGGGUUGUCCGUGGCAUUAAAACAGUGAUGAGGUGCACUACUAUAUACAGGAAUUGCAUGUGUAGUGGAAUGGAUACUUGAACGAUGUUCACUGUUUCAACUAAUGGUAAUGCUAGAGUCGAGUAAUGCUUUGAUUCUAACGCAACAAA